GUGGGAAGACUUCGACAGCCAGUGAGUGAAUCCGUGAAUAAACCGCAGGCAUAAACUAAAUAAAAAAAAAAAUUAAGUUCCUGAGACGUCAACACACUAUAAAUACACCUAUUUAUACCAUAGAGCUAGAGAUAGAUCAAAGAUGUCGAUGAAUUGGGCCCUGUAUUGGGGCAUAAUGUGGGUGCUUUCAGGCUCCACGGACAGCGCCUCGAAGCGUUUCUUUACAGACUUUUUGCAGGAUUUGCCGACACCAGGCACCGGUGGACCCACCUUUGAUCCCAGUGCGAUCAGCAAUAUUACAGGACUCGUUGGCAAGACCGUUAAGAUGACCUGCCGUGUCAAGAAUUUGGGAAAUCGAACGGUCUCAUGGGUGCGACAUCGUGACAUCCAUCUGCUGACUGUCGGCCGCUAUACGUACACAUCGGAUCAGCGUUUCGAGGCGCAGCAUUCGCCACAUGCCGAGGAUUGGUCCCUGCGCAUACGCUAUGCCCAGCGCAAGGAUUCGGGCAUUUAUGAGUGCCAGAUCUCCACAACACCACCCAUUGGGCAUGCCGUCUACUUGAAUAUUGUGGAACCCAUCACCGAGGUCAUUGGCGGCCCCGACCUGCACAUCAACAAAGGAUCCACCAUCAAUUUAACCUGCAUUGUGAAAUUUGCACCGGAACCGCCGCCAACCGUCUCCUGGUCCCACAAUCGCGAGAAUGAUCCUAGAUACAAUAAGGUCAUAAAUUUCGAUUCACCUCGCGGCGGCAUAUCAUUAGUCACCGAGAAAGGUGUACUGACCACCAGCCGUCUCCUUGUCCAGAAGGCCAUACAGGAGGAUGAGGGCCUCUACACAUGCGCCCCCUCGAAUGCCAAUCCCACAUCGGUCCGCGUCCAUAUCGUUGAUGGUGAACAUCCGGCGGCCAUGCAUCACGGAAACUCGGCGCCACUCCAGCCACCGGCUUUGAUCUCAAUGUUGAUGCUUAUCUGCAGCACUCUGAUCCUGUUGCAUGCCUCUGCCUGCUGCAGCCCAACCCUACCCAAGAUGACGACACAACAACGACGAGGCGGAAACAACAACAACAAUGGACAACAGAAGGGCAUCAACGGUGGAGAGCGGUUGGAGAGGAAUUCAUUGGUGCCAGGCACAUGACUAGACGGCCCCCGCGUAACCGGAGCCGGAGACGGAAAUGCCAUCGAAAUGCCAACUGGAAUAAAAUACUAAAAAAAAACAAAAAUUCCAUGAGCAAGCUACAGCGACAGAGAGAGAGAGAGAGUGCGGCGCAGGAGGGCGGGGGGGUGGCAGGGUUGAUGCUGCUCUCUGGUUUUCCGUUCCAGUUCCAGGAUCCUUCCAGCCACCGCCUUGGUUUUGCGUUGUCCAAAUCGUUUCGUUUCUCCUUUUGUGCCCCCAACACCUCCCAUCGAUGUGGUCUCUCAUUAUUCGCUCUAUGAGUGGAAUGCAGAGGGGGACGGGGCAUGCGUGAGUACAUCCUUUUUAUCACUAAAUUAAGUAGUCGUUAGAUAAAGUCAUUUUGGGGGAAAACUGGAACUGUAACAAAAGGGAAAAACAAAGAGCAAAAAAAAAACAAAAAGAAAAAAAAGAAUGAAAAAAAACGAACGAACGAUUUUCUUCAUGCAACAUGUACUUGCGACAAAACCAUAAAAUACAUAAAUACAUACAGAGAAAUCCAUUGUAAAUAAGGCAUCGGAUGACAGAUUGCCAGCAGAUCAACAAAUAAAGAAAAAAAAAAAAAAAAAACAAAGAUACAGAUACAAGUGGGGAUACAGAUAUUGCAUUGCAUAAUGGAUUCAGAUUGCCCCCGUUUUGAAAUGGAUCCAUUCGAUUCUAUAAGCUAUAGGUGUCUAAAGAUAAAUACAUACUCGUAAAUAUUACAUACCUACAUACAUAUAUGCGUGCAAGAACCGAAGCCGAAACCGAAACAGAUACAGAUACAUAUAGACAAAAAAAGAUAAAAAGCAUAAAAGAUCCCUCGAAAUUUGAGGCAGUAAAAAGGAUUUUUUUUUUAGGCUUAAGUUCAAGACUAUAGUAAAAUCUAAGAGAAACAAAAAAAGAAACGAAAGAUGCAGAGCGAAGGAGCAGACAAAGAAGUAGCAGAAAAUACAGAAAGAUACAUAGGUGCGGGAUACAGGAGGAUUAUCUAGUAAUGUAAGUAAGAAAGAUUAAAAAAAAAAAACAGAAAAACUUAGCAUAAUUGUAUUUUUUUUUUCAUAUCUCAUCAGAUCUGAUCAGAAUAAUAAUCCGUAUCUCUCUCUUUCUGUCUCUAUCUAUAGAAAUUGUUGUUGUAUGUGUGAAAACCGAUAUAAAAGAUACAUAUAUAUAGAGAAAAGCUACAGAUACAGAUACAAGUACAUAACUAUCCGAUUAAAAAAGGCAUAUUGCUAUUGAAACUCUCUCUCUCUAUCUAUCUCUCUCUAUAGCUAUCUCUAUCUCUCUCUCUCUCUCUAUAUAUACUUCGCCCUUCUUCACACACAGACAGCGCACUCACACAGAUACACACAUAGAUACUCUAUCUCUAAGCCAAGCUAAAAGAAGAAUAAGUUUAGAAUGAAAGAAAGAAUCCGCGAUCCCACCCCACACAAAAGAAGACAGGGUCUAACCCUCCAUUCCCCUCUUGAUCCAGCCCAAAAACAAAAAAAACAAAAGCAGACAAAAGAAAUCCUCCAUUUCCCCCCCUUUUUCCAGACCAACCCCUCUCUGUGAACCCAUUUCUCAUGCUCUUAAGAUAGGAAAAAAACAAACAAAUAAAAAAGAUACAUAUACAAGAUACUCUCCAUACUAAAAGCGUAAUUACAUGGAAUAUGGCAUAACUACAUAUAAAAAACAAAUAGCGCAAAAAGCGUAACAAGAUACACGACAAGAACCCAAGACAAAAUAUAUUUUAUAAAUGUGAUGACGUUUAGAAAAUUAAAAAUUUAUUAAAUAAACAAAAAAACGAAAAACCAA